CAUUUCGGCUGCUGUUCAAAUGUCCUCAAUGCUGCGUCGAAUCUUGCUUAUUUUCUGUUUGGUACUAAUGGUAACAUCGUAUCCGCUGACUAUGGAUGGCAUGAAGAUGUCCGAGAAAAUAUUGAAUCCGCCUUACGCGUCUACUUUCAUGAAUUGCAAGGAUGUGGAUUUUGGUAGCGUGAAGACAGAAGACAUUCCAAAAAUCAAAAAGCUCUACGGCUGCACUUACAAACCAUGAAACCAAAUUUUUAACCCUCACGAAUAAUAACAACGACCUCCUGAGCGACUUUAACCAAAUCAGGUUUGCUGCUCUAUGUUACUUGUAUAUAUGUAUAUUCACACUGUGUAUGCAGUUGAUGCUAUCAUUUGUUGAUGCUUGUGCUUGCUGCAAAAAUUGCUGCAGAUUUGCGAUAAGGUGCUGGUUUUAUCGUGUUUGCUGUAAAUACGUAAAUGUU